GGAAAUGCUAGAGUCACCAGUCGAGCCCCAAAAGAACCUUCACCGUCAGAAGAAGAAGCAUAACUACUAACCGCCUUAAAAGGUCAAUACCCGCGCAAAUUUCAUUCUCGGGUCGGAUCUCCGUCCAAAACCCGACCGGAUCCAUCCCGGACCGAUCAAUUUCACGAUUGUUCUCCGGCAAAGUGAAUAAAGCCAAGUAUUUUCAAAAAAAUACCUACGAAUUGAGAAAGAGGAUCAAGAGGGGCCAGAGCUAGCUCCAAUGGAGAGAAGUGAUUCCGGCGAUGGAGAUGUAGAAGCAUCUACGUAUUUACAAACCGACGAGACCCACGAAAGAGACGAUCCAAUGUCAGAUGGUGGAUGCACUUUAAGGAUAGGAGACGCUCUGGUUUCUAGUGGUGAGCAUGAGAUCGACAUUGGAUUUACUCAAAACGAACAAAGAAAGAGCGAAGAAGGAGAAGGAGAAGAAGAAGAAGAAGAAUCUACGGGAGAGUUUGAUGAACAGACUGGUUUACCUCUUGAGAGUAAAGACUUCGAUGCGCCAGCAGUUGGAAUGGAGUUUGAGUCAUACGAUGAUGCGUAUAACUACUAUAACUGCUACGCCACGGAAGUUGGAUUUCGAGUAAGAGUGAAGAACUCAUGGUUCAAGCGACGUAGCAAAGAGAAGUACGGUGCGGUGCUUUGUUGCAGCAGCCAAGGCUUCAAGAGGAUCAACGAUGUGAAUCGUGUGAGAAAAGAAACAAGAACUGGUUGUCCUGCAAUGAUAAGAAUGAGGCAGGUUGAUUCUAAGAGGUGGAGGGUGCUUGAAGUUACGCUUGACCAUAACCAUUUGCUCGGUUGCAAGAUAUACAAGUCGGUCAAAAGGAAUGGGACUGGGACCAAGAGGAAGUGCGCAGACUCGGAUGCUAAGACGCUUAAGCUGUACCGUGCUCGUGUCAUGGAUACUGAGAGCAAUGUGGUACCGAGCUCGACUCUGAAACAACAGUUUCAGAAUCCGGAUUUGCUGAGCCUUAGAAGAGGAGAUUCCGCAGCUAUCUACCACUACUUUUGCCGUAUGCAACUGACAAAUCCGAACUUCUUCUACCUGAUGGAUGUUAACGAUGAAGGUCAGCUCAGGAACGUCUUCUGGGCUGAUGCUUUCUCUAGAGUUUCUUGUAGUUACUUUGGCGAUGUAGUCUUCAUCGACAAUACUUAUAUCUCCGGGAAAUUCGAGAUCCCGCUUGUGACAUUCGUCGGUGUGAAUCACCAUGGACAAACCACAAUGCUUGGUUGUGGCCUUCUCGCUGGAGAGACGAUCGAGUCUUACCAUUGGUUGCUCAAAGUGUGGCUCGGUCUCAUGAAGUGCUCUCCUCAAACCAUUGUCACAGACAGAUGCAAGCCUUUGGAGGCUGCGGUUUCACAAGUGUUCCCGAGGUCUCAUCACAGAUUCAGCCUGACUCAUAUAAUGAGGAAACUCCCUGAGAAGCUAGGAGGGUUGCAUAGCUACGAUGGCGUGAGGAAGGCGUUCACGAAAGCAGUCUAUGAAACCUUGAAAGUUGUUGAAUUUGAAGCAGCUUGGGGUUUUAUGGUUCACAGUUUCGGUGUCAUCGACAAUGAAUGGCUUCGUUCUCUAUACGAAGACCGAACUCGAUGGGCUCCGGUUUACCUGAAGGACACGUUUUUCGCGGGAAUCGCUAAUGCUCGUCCCGGAGAAACCUUGAAUCCGUUUUUCGAGAGGUACAUUCACAAACAAACACCGUUGAAAGAGUUUCUUGAUAAGUACGAGCUAGCUCUUCAGAAGAAGCACAGGGAAGAGACUCUCGGCGACGCAGAGUCUCUCGCGUUGAACACUGCCGAGCUUAAAACAAAGUGUUCUUUCGAGACACAGCUCUGGAGAAUCUACACGAGAGACAUGUUCAAGAAGUUCCAAGUAGAGGUCGAAGAAAUGUACUCGUGUUUCAGCACGACGCAGCUUCAUGUAGAUGGUCCCUUUGUGAUCUUCCUCGUGAAAGAACGUGUCCAAGGCGAAUCCAACAGGAGAGAGAUCCGAGAUUUCGAGGUUCUGUACAACAGAUCGGUCGGCGAAGUACGGUGCAUAUGUAGCUGCUUCAACUUCUAUGGCUACUUGUGCAGGCAUGCUCUCUGUGUUCUCAAUUUCAACGGCGUCGAAGAGAUACCUUUGCAGUAUAUUCUACGGCGAUGGAGAAAAGACUUCAAACGGGUUCAAGCGGCUGAUAACGGCGUGACCGGUUUUGUCGAUGGCACGGACCGGGUUCAAUGGUUUGAUCAGCUGUAUAAAAGCGCUCUUCAGGUUGUUGAAGAAGGAGCGGUUUCUUUGGAUCAUUACAAAGUGGCAAUGCAACUUCUUCAAGAGUCUUUGGAGAGAGUUCAUAGCGUAGAAGACAAACAAGAGUAGUGUUUAGUGUUUAAUUAUAGAAGGAUUUGUGAAACCAUAUCCGUACAUAAAAAUAAAUUAAUUUUUUUUUGUUUUGCUGUAAGAGCUGUAACAAAGAUGCGUAGAGCAAAAAUUGAUGCAAAUACGUAAUAAUUUGAUUGGUAAUCAUCAUUAUAAAUUAA